UUUGUUAGUUGCAAUCGCGAUCUUCGUCCGGCAACUACGCACCGAUUACUUUUAUCGAUUGGAAGAACUUUACGAGUAUUUUUUUUUUCGGGAUCAAUCUUCUGUUAAUCAUUAAGAGUAACAAUGUCACCAAGAACAUUUAUUGUUAAAUUCGAUCGGCCUAAUGCUACUUACUUGCCAGGAGAAAAUAUAACCGGCUGUAUUAUCAUCAUAUUGAACGAGAAAAAAAGUGUUCGAGAUCUAAAAGUACAUUUCAAAGGAGAAGCUUAUGUUUAUUGGACGACAACGCGAACAGAACGAGAUAUACACGGGAAAAUCGUGACAGUGACUGAUGUUCAUACUGCCACUGAAAAAUAUUUCAGUAUAGAACAAUCUUUGUUAAGAAGAUUACCCGAGAAUGACAGAGUAGAACUUCCGGAAGGACAGAGCGAAUAUUAUUUUUCAUUUCAAUUGCCGAGAAAUGUACCGUGCAGUUUUGAACACGAAGUCGGAUAUAUUCGUUAUACGGCAAAAGCAAUCGUCGAUAUACCAUGGAGAUUUGAUUGGUGGACAAAAUCUGCUUUCACCGUUGUUGCUCCGUUUGAUUUAAAUCCCAUUUCGCACCAAUGUAUGGGAGUCGACGAUGAGAUGUCGAAAGAUUUCUGUUGUUGUUGCAUCAAUACAGGCUCAAUACAUGUUCGAAUAAAAAUACCAAGUUUAGGAUAUGUUCCAGGACAAUUUAUAAUGACCGAAGUGAUAUCAGAUGUAAAAUCGUCGAACAUUAACAUAACAAGAAUUUCUACAAAAUUGGAAGAAGUAAUUACAUUUCUUGCGCACGGCUCAGCAAAGAGAGAAGAACUCAUGAUACAAAAGAGUCAAGACGAUGGACCAAUUGGAACAAAUCAUCAAACAAAUCUAAAACUUUAUGUUCCACCUAUUCCACCAUCUAAUUUAAAUUAUUGCAGUAUCAUUCAAUUGGAAUAUCGUCUACGUGUAAACGUUCAUGUUAGUGGCAUGCAUAAAAAGAUCGAUAAAAAAUAUCCAAUAUUUAUUGGAACAAUACCUUUAUUUUCUUCAUCAUGGACUCCAUGGACUCAAACAGCUCAAGAUAUUCAGCCGACAGCACCAACAAUUGAUCAAGAACCAUCAGUGUCCAAUCCUAUGCCUGUACCAAUACCUGGAUUUGUUCAACCACCAGAAAAAGUAACUAAUUUACCAGUAAUGCCUCAACCUAAUUUCAACGAGCCUCAAUCACCAAAUCAACCAAUAGGAUGGGAUAUACCACCCCCUUCUUACGAAGAAUGUAUGCGAAGAGCUAAUAAUAUCAAGGACGAUGAUGAUUCCAAUUCUGUUUAUGGCGCAGAUCAGCCAUUUGCACCAAGAUAUCCAGUUUUCAAUUUUAUGUUACCUUAUAUAAAAGUACAUUUCAAAGGAGAAGCUCAUGUUCAUUGGUCAACGGGAAGUGAAAAUGAUUCCACAUUGACUGGUGAUCACACUGCCAGUGAAAAGUAUUUCAGUAUAGAACAAUCGCUGCUAAAUAGAUCGACCGAGAUUGUUAGAACUGAACUUCCGGAAGGACAGAGCGAAUAUUAUUUUUCAUUUCAAUUGCCGCAAAAUAUACCGUGCAGUUUUGAACACAAGAUUGGAUAUAUUCGUUAUACGGCAAAAGCAAUCGUCGAUAUACCAUGGAGAUUAAAUUGGUGGACGAAAUCUGCAUUCACCGUUGUCACCCCAUUUGAUUUAAAUCCCGUUUCGCAUCAAUGUGUUGGAAUAAAUGAAGAGACAAUGAAAGAUUUUUCCUUUUGUUGCUUCGAUAAAGGCUCGAUAAACGUUCAGAUAAAGAUUCCAAGUUUAGGAUACGUUCCAGGACAAUUUAUAAUGACCGAAGUUAUAUCAGAUGUUAAAUCGUCGAACAUUAACGUAACGAAAAUUUCUACGAAACUCGAAGAAGAAAUUAUCUUUCACGCACAAAGCUUCACAGAAAAAGCCGAAAUUUUGGUACAAAAGAAUCACGAAGAUGGACCAAUUGGAAAGCAUCAUCAAACUAAUUUGAAACUUUAUAUUCCACCUUUGCCACCGUCUAAUUUAGAACAUUGUGGUAUCAUUGAAUUGAAAUAUUGUCUACGUGUUAAAGUUCAUGUCAACGGCAUGCAUACAAAGAUCGAUAAAAAAUAUCCAAUAUUAAUUGGAACAAUACCUCUAUUUUCUUCACCAUAUACAUCAUGGACUCAAGUAGACGAUACACAGCCAACAGCACCAACAAUUGAUUAUGAACCACCGAUGUCUAUUGCCAUAAAGCCUAUGCCUAUAACAAUUACUGAACCACCAAGUAGUGUAACCGAUUUAUCAGAAAUUACUCAAUCUAAUUUGAACGAAUUCCAAUUAACAAAUCUAUCAAUAGGAACGAACAUUCCACCUCCUUCUUAUGAAAAAUGUAUGCAAAAAGCCGAUAAUAUCAAGGACAAUGAUGAUACGAAUUCCGUUUAUGGUGCAGAUCAACCAUUUGCCCCAAGAUAUCCAGUUUUCGAUUUUAGAAAUCCUCAUCAAUCUAAUUAAAUAAUCUCAGAUUAGAUUCAUUCAUUUCUCUAAAAAAUAUGACUGUACUAUAUAAAAUAUCAUAAAUAAAAUUACGAUAAAUCAAAACGGAAGUAUAGAGUCUGUCUCGUAUAAUCUAUAUUCAGCACUUGAGUUAUGAUUACU